GGGCAGCUGUUGCGAAUGGCGUCACUCUUAUACGCUACUUAGGCAAGUAGAUAUGGGAGCAGGGGUCGCGUGUGUGCGGAAGCUCGCUGAUUAAUUCAAUGAUCGGAGUUAAACUUUACAUACUAUGUAUGUCUCACGAUAGCCGAAGGGGUUCGACUACAUGUAGAAACCAUCGCGGACAAUUUGGAGUUGUAUUGAUGGUAUAAUAAAGAGGCUAAUUCGCUCUCGCAACAAGAGCACAUUCAUGGUAGAGACACACAUACCUACUUCCUCAAUUGCGAAUAUAUAAACUAGCACGUCACUUGAAUUCAAGCUGUGUGUCAUUUCAUCUAUUCCAUGUCCCUUCGGGCUAUAUCACACCCGACAUCUGUAGCGUCUCGUCGGAUAUCCGCUCUCACGUCCCAGCUCUCGCAAUCUCAUAUAACUGUAAAUCUCCGGUCAGCAGAAAUUACCACAAGAAAGGGUUUCACUACGACUACAAGAAGUAAAGGAAAAUACGUCAAAAUGGCUCCGGUUCCCAACACUAUGAAAGCCGUCUACAUCAACCAGACGGGCGGCACGGAGGUCUUAGAACACAAGACCGACGUCCCCGUGCCGACGCCCAUAGACGGCGAGAUCCUCGUCAAGAACGACUUCAUCGGCGUCAACUUCAUCGACACGUACUUCCGCUCGGGACUGUACAAGGCACCGCAAUUCCCCUACAUCCUGGGCCGUGAGGCCGAGGGAACCGUCGUGGCCGUCGGCCCAGGCGACGUCCUGGACUUCCAAGUCGGCGACCGCGUGAUCUGGAUGGGCGAGCGCGCCUACGCCGAGUUUGCCUCGGUCCCGGCGGCCAAAGCCAUCAAGGUCCCCGCAUCCUUCAAGCCUGGCACCGCGGCCGCGGCGUUACUGCAAGGACUCACGGCGCUGACGUUCGUGCGCGAGGCGCACGCCGUAAAGAAAGGGGACUGGAUCCUCGUGCACGCUGCCGCGGGCGGCACCGGACUGCUCUUGUGUCAGUUACUCCGGGCCAUCGGAGCGAACACCAUCGGCACCGUCUCGACGGAGGAGAAAGCGGCGCUCGCGACGCAGAACGGGGCCUCGCACGUCAUUAACUACAGCCACGAGGACGUCGCGGCGCGCGUGAAGGAGCUAACGGGCGGCAAGGGCUGCGCGGCCAUCUUCGACGGCGUGGGCAAGUCCACGUUCGACCUGAGUCUCGAGUGCGUGGCGCUCAAGGGCAGCCUGAUCUCCUUCGGCAACGCCUCGGGCGCCGUCCCGCCCUUCACCAUUACGCGCUUGGGUGCGAAGAACGUGCGCUUGAUGCGGCCUACGCUGUUCGGAUACAUUAGCACGAGGGAGGAGUUCGCGGCCUAUACGGAGGAAUUGUUUGGCUUUAUUGAGAAGGAUGGCUUCAAUGUCAAGGUGCAUGAUGUUUACCCCCUUUCUGAGGUGAAGCGCGCCCACGAGGAUUUGGAGGGCAGGAAGACGACGGGUAAAUUGCUGCUUGAUCCUUCGAAAUAAAUGACAUUGGUGGCUAGAGUAUUGUUCUCUUUAGACUAGGUGCCUAUGUAUUAGGCUGUAUCAAAGUUGUAAUAUGAGACGUAAUGACGACUUUGUGAGACUGUAUGGUGAUUCUUGCAGUGCAACCCGUAUAUUCCUUUUCUGUGCUUGGCAUAUUAGCAAUAUGAAGAAGAAAAGGGGGUUAAUAGAGGAAUAAAUGCGAAGAAUUCCU